ACAAGGAUGCAGAAUUUACAACCUCAUGCCAAGGCUAAUUAUAGGAAUAUCAUGCAUGCAUUUUCAACAAUAAUAAAAGAAGAGGGCAUGUUUAGGACUAUACGAGGGGUCAAUAUUGUAGCCAUUGGUGCUGGACCCUCACAUGCCCUCUAUUUUGCAACUUAUGAGAAGAUGAAAAAGUUGUUAAGUGAGAGACCUGGACAUAAUCCUUUAGCCAAUGCUGUUGCAGGGAGCUUGGCCACAUUAGUACAUGAUGCUGCAAUGAGUCCAGUAGACGUGGUGAAACAAAGAAUGCAAGUAUACACCAGUCCCUACAAAGGCGUCAUAGACUGUGCACGAACUGUGUACCGCCAAGAGGGACUACGUGCUUUCUAUAGGAGCUACACCACACAACUGACUAUGAACAUCCCCUUUCAGUGUAUACACUUUGUAACCUAUGAGUUCACACAAGAGCGUUUCAACCCAAAAAGGGAGUACAACCCAUUGACUCAUGUGGUCUCUGGUGCCGUGGCUGGUGGCAUUGCAGCGGCUGUGACCACCCCGUUAGAUGUUUGUAAAACUUUACUCAACACCCAGGAAUCCUGUGUAGCGUCUCGUCUCAAUAACCAGGCUAUCGUCGGAAUGCUGAACGGCAUCAAAGCUAUACACAGAUGCUGUGGGUUUGCUGGUUACUUCAGAGGUGUGCAAGCCAGGGUUAUAUAUCAGAUGCCUUCAACGGCACUUGCCUGGUCUGUGUAUGAGUUUUUCAAGUAUUUCAUCACGAAGCAGAAAACAGAAAGCAUGGAGUAAUCUAAGAGGCUAAUUGUUACAUUGUGAUCAUCAAUUUACAGUUCAAGAAGUGGAGAAGGAAAUGAGAUUCUGGAGAUAUAUUUUAUUUUAUCUAGUAAUGGUGGGUUGCACAUUAGAGCAAUUGCCUUUUUUAUCCUGGAUAUUUACCACCUAGUCAGUUUUAACCUCAGUAUUUAUGUUAGACUGCUUCUUCUACCAUAAUUCAAUCAGGUAUUUGUUCUGCUAAAAACACAUCUCUUGCGCAUAUAAAUCAAAAAUCAAAUUUGUGGUAUACUGAUUCAUAUUUUGACCAGAGAAAUGUCUGUAAUUUACAUUAAGUGCAAGCGCUACUAAUAAAGCAAAUAUGGUAGUGUUCAGGUUGCUUGCUUGCCAGUUACUAACUUAGCUACAUGUUGUAGCUUUUGUUACUAAUUAAUAUAAAACAGAUUGCACUUACUACUGAGGAGGCUUAUUAAAAGGGCACUAAUGCUAUGUGUACAAAAUUAGACUUGUACAAACUUGAAAACAUAGUAAACAGCUAUUUGUUCUAUUAGAUGCGCACAUAAACCAAUUCAAUUGAAUUUAAUUUGCGUGAUUAUAUGACUUACUUUUUAGCUAGCUUGUUUUUUUAGCUAAUUUAGCCGAAUUGUGAUUUCACUAAUUCAAGGUGUACCAGUAUCUCAUUUAAAACAGAACAUGUUCUCACAAUGAGAUUGCUGUAAUUGUAGCAAACAUUGAGAUCCUGUUAUUUCAUGUGUUGUGUCAAAAUACCAUGUGGUUUUUUCAGUAUUUUGAUCAGACACAUCAUUUACAUAUGCACACACGCUACUAAUAGAGCAAAUAAGACACUGGGUAAUUUACAUAUUAAAUACAAAAUGGUCUACAUGUGUU